AUGCGAAGUUGUGGAGAAACUGUCGUUUGCGCAUUUUUAAGUUCAUUCGAUCCUCCUGUUAUCAAUGAUCAUACUGGGACUUUUGCGUUGAAAUGCCCGCUUCCAACAGAUACUCCAAUCGAAAUUGGCGACUUGUAUUUGUUUUUAUUUCAAUUCAAUUCCGAAUUAGGACAAUACCGUUGUUGUCGAAUGACUCCCAUUCCGCGGGUUCUCUAUUCAGUGUACCAGAAAAUUUUAAGUGAUUACCGAUCGUCGCGCAACAAAUCAAUGAAGUGA